AUGGGUGCUGAUUCCAGAAAAAUACCCCCAUUGCCUGCGCCCACCGAGACCGACACCGCGACGCCCACCGAGCUGGCCACCGACAUCACCACCGAUGUGUCCAAGCCCGGCGACGAAAAAUCAACUUACUCUCUUCCAGAAGACGGCACUCCAGUCACCAUUCGAACUCGUGGCCACAAGGCCAACAAGUCACAGACCUCUCUCCUCAUUGAGUACUUCGAGGGUGGCAAGGUCUCCUCAUCCUCGGCCGAACGCAAACCCAGUGUCCGUGUUCGCUUGACUCCCUCCAAGAAGGGAAAAGGCGACCACUUUCAAGUCACGGAAACCAAAGGCUCUCGCAAGAUCUCACUGACUCGUCGCAUCCCUCUCGACCACGCUGCUCCAGGAGACUUGCAGCUCCCUGAAGCCGACGACACUCAUAGCAUGACGUCUUACGCCUCCGCCACCGAAGAGUCCAACGUCUCCAGGAACCCAAUCGACAUUGAGAUUGAGCGCAGUCACCGCCGCCGCCGCCCCGCUAGCCCUUUAAUACCCUCGGAAGACAGGGUCUCUUACCAGCCUGGCAAUCCUUCCGAAAUUUCAGCUAUUCCUACAGACAGUUUUCUAGAUGGCACCGGGGGUAUGAGUGAAAUCAAGCACUCUAGAGCCGAUAUGAAGGGCGAUUUAUUGGCUGGAGCUGCUGCCACGGCACUAGCAGGUGCCGCUGCAGGCGAGGCUCUGCACAGCCGCAAGACGAGGAGCACCGAAAAGGAGCGAUCUAGUGGACUAGAGCGGCCCAAGGAGAAAUCAUCGUCCUCUGACAAGAAGCGCCGCUCCAAGAGCCGCACGGGCAGCAUGGGAGAAAACACUAGCGACGAAGUUCGCUCUCCUCGCCGUCGCUCUAGCCGAACUCACCAAGAAUCUACGGUUUCUGGCGGCGACUCAAGUCUGCUUUCAUCAAAUGUGUCGGCUGGUAACCGUUCUGUCAAGUCGAGCGCCUCCAAAUCCUCCUCCAUCAAUAAUCCCAAGUUGCUAGAGACUGUCGAAGACGCCAUUCGUCGUCUAAUUCUGCCCGAGCUUAGCGCGCUCAAGCGAGAACAAAGCAAACGUGAAGCUCGUCGCUCAUCAAUCGCCUCAACAGGCACUUCUGUUUCCAAAGAUGACGGUUACACGGAGAAACGGCGCUCCUCUGGCCAAAAGAGCGAGUCAAAAGAAAAUAUCCGACACAAGGAAAAGCGGAAUCGGGAAGCUCGCCACGACUACGAAAACAUAUCCAUGCAUAGUCCAAGCCAAGAUUCUCUCGGCGCCGACUACACAACACAUGAAGAAGCGGCUCCAUCACCACAACGAGGCGGCAAUUUGUCAAGAGCUGCCGCUGCUGGCGCCGCUGGAGCAAUGGCCGCCAAGGGUAUCUCCUCGGCGCUGGACCACGGACCGGAUUCGUUGGAGCGCAAACAAAGAGACAGACGCCGCCGAAGAGCGGACCACUCACGAAGUCGCAGCAUAGGCAGAGAUGUCUAUGUGGACGACUUUGACGAUGACGAGCCGGCUCCGCCAAUGCCUUUGAUGAGUGACAUUAAUCCUUCAGAAGUCACAAGGACGUCCAUUUUAUCCGCCGAUACCGACCGACCUCAUUCUGCUACCGAGGAGCUGGGGCCAAAGCGAGAGGUUCAAGAGCAGAUUGUAUCCGUCCAGUCGACGCCAACUCCAUCCAGGUCGCCUGCCGAGCAGGUGAAGCCACUAUCUAUGCAGCACGCCAACGUCUCUCACGGUGACUUGACCAAUCUGCCUCGUGGCCAAAAAGAAUACGUCGAAGAAUACGAGACGGACGAAUUUGGCCGCAAGAUCCCCGUCAGCCAAUAUGACUACUACGGUGGCCAAGCCUCACGGGAGCCUCUAGAAUACGACGACUACAUCGAUGACCCCUACUCCAACAACCUGUAUAAUAGCAUGCAAGAUGUCCCACCCCCCCUCAAAUACGUGCCAUAUCAGGCUGGCGCUCGAGGACUAAGUCCCAUCCCCAGCGUCUCUGGUUACACAGAAGGCGGAAGUGAGGCCCCACUGCCACGCACAUCCAAGAGCAUGCAAUCUGUCGACGCCUUUUCUUCUCCCGAAAAAUCACCAGACCACAGACGCCAAGCGCACUCCAUCCACUCCAUCGACUCUCUUAAGCUGGGUAGCCCGGCACCUCAAUUUGCUGCCGGCCAAGAGGUUCGCGGCAUUUCUGCCAAUCCCAACGUCGUCAACCCCCCUCUGGGUGUGGAGUCCGCUGUCGCUUCCCUGGUUGAUGGCUCCAUGAUCGAGCAGUCUGUUGUCACAGGAAUGUCGGGCUACGAUAAUGGGGCUGGCACCAGGGAAUCUGCGCUCUCAUACGACGAACCGGAGCCGCAGUCACGCAAUCAGGGAGCCAUCGUUAGCCCAGACAAAUUGUCAAUUGAUGAUGCCAGAGAGCUAGAGGAGGAGCCUCACCACACGCCAACUUCGAGAUCAAUUGCACAGUCUCAGGAAUACUCUGAAUAUGAUCUCGAUGACCAAGGCAGAAAGGUUCCGCGUGCCCGCUAUCGCAACUCGCCUACAGCAUCUGAGGCUGCCAUUACUGCUGGUGCUGUUGGUGCUGCGGCCGCCGCUCUCAAAGCUGCUCAGGGGAAAAAGCAGGCUGACAUUGAAACGUAUGAGGACGAAGAUUUCCAACCCGCUGGUGUCAACAGAAACCGAUCGUUCAAGGAGCGAGCCAUGGGCUGGAAGCCAAGGGAGACCCCCACCCAUAGCGUCGAUAACUUUGAUUACGAAGAGGAAGAUGCUCCUCGAAUGACCGCCAGCGGUAUGCCCGACAUGGGCAACCCAAUGCCCGAGAUUGGCUACCACCUAGAGGACGACAUCAUUACAAACCCCUCCCUUCUCAAUGAGCCCAUGGAUCGUGAUAUUCCCAACUGGGAAUCAGUCUCUGGCAAAGCCACACCCACCCCGAGAACAGCCGGCGGCUAUGAGCAGGCUUCUGGCGAACCAAGCAAGGCUGCCAUGGGUCUGGCCGCUGGUGCUGCAGCACUGGGAGCAGCAGCACUUGCGGCGCAUAAUCGUGAUCAAGAAUCCGAAGAAAACUGGGGACGGACUUCGGCGGAGCGCAAGCGCGAUACUCUCAUUACGAACCCCUAUGAGGAUGCCAGUCCCAUUGCCAAUCACACUCUGGACGAUAAUAUACUGGAUCGCGCCGCGCCCGAUGCAACUUAUGCUACGCCGUAUGGCACCGCCAGCCCUGGCCUUGGUCCAAAAUACGACGAGGGCUACAUGUCGAAUGGCCCGAACCGAACGCCCGAUAUUGCUGCCAAGACUGUUGGUGCUGGCCUAGACAAUCUCGAUGAAGACCCAUUCUACGUGCCCAACAAGGCCAACCCUCGACACAUGAGUGGCUUCUCGCAAGGCAUGGAAUCACCAUUUUAUGAUGCUGCUAUGGGAGCUGGCAUCGAGAGAAUUGAAAAUAAGGAUAUUGUUGCACUGAUGCAACAUUUAAUGGUUCGCGAUGCUCAAAGGAGCGCCAGAGAUACAGAGAUUGUAGCACUACUCAUGAAUGCUGCCGUGGAGAUGCGAAACUCGUUCCGCGAAAUGAAGGAGCUCGUACAAGAUACUGGUGACGACGUCAUCUUUUCCAACGUCGACAAUACCGAGAAGCUCCAAAAGGCUAUCAAUGGUCCACGCCCCUUCCCUGGUACUGCCACUCGUUCCCUGCAGAGCGCUUCGCAAGCCGGCACUCUCGAUGAAGCGACCAAGAAGAAGAACCUGUGGAAGCGAGCUCUUCAAGGCCUCAGUGCAAAGGGUACCAAUGACCUCAGCCGCAUCGAGGACAUGCUGGUGCAGCUCCUUGGUGAGGUAGACGUCCUCAAGUCGCAGACUGCUCCUCCAAUUUCAUCCGGCGACCAAGGACAGUCUCUCGAGCACCUCCAGCCAGAGGGUCACUACGAGCAAGACAAGGGCUACGAACCCGAGGGCAAUUCCACGCCUAGCCAUGCCAGCGUACCUCGCGGCCUACAAGCAGCUGAGCACAAGUACUCGGAUCACAGGAUCAGCACCGUUCAGGAGGACGAUGACGAGUAUGAGUACGAUUUGCCCAGCGCCUCGACUGCCAAGCCCAACCCGGAUAUGCUCUCGCCGGGCCAUGACGCUAAUCUUCAGCGGGGAGGAUCUGUUCCGCCGGAAAUUUCGCCGCAGACUUCAUCAGGAGCGCAUCAAACUGCUCUCAGCGCGGACAAUACGCCGCGUAGCGAAAAGGGAAAGAAGCACAAGUCCAAUGGCUCCUCAGGGUGGAUUCCCAAGAUCUCGCGCUGGUCCGAGACCACUGCGUCAAGUGUUGGCCGGGCAUUCCGCGGCAGCGGUGCCUCCAAAAAGGGGUCCAAAUAUGACGAGUUUCAGCCUCCUUCUCGAUCAGGGUCUAGCCUAGCUUCAUAUGACGAUGCCUAUGUUGACCAAACCCUUUAUGGAGUGGAUAAGCUACACACGGGGUUCUCAAAUCCGGCACUCAACCAAGAACGUGCCGGCCCUGCACAACCAACAGUGCCGUCCUUUGCGCUGUCUGAAGACCCCAAGUACAAGGCGCAUCGCAACUCGGUGAAUCUGCAGCACCCACAACCGAGACAAGGGCAGACGGAGCGGCACCAGGCGGCACUUGAACACUCCGCUCGCGAGUAUGACAAUCCCAUGACGCCGCGGUCAACGGAUUGGGCCGGGUCGGCGACAAGCCUCAGCCGGCUGCCGGGCAACACUAACCGAUACAGUGCAUCGUCGGGUGCCACAAGAGAAGCCGACUAUGCUCUGUCAUCGCCGAAGCAGCAAUCAGCAGCACCGCCACGACCACCAAAGGAGCCGCUUGAUACGUCGGUGCACACGCCGGUCAAGGGCAACCGUGUAGCAUCGUUGCAGAAAAGUAGCCCCGUGGCGCCCACGAGCUACGAGAGCGGGUAUGGUAGCGCGAGUGGGACGCAUGCCAGCCAGCUGACUGCAGAUGGCAGUCCGAAGCUGGAGAACCGCAACCUGAAUGCGGCGCUGGGGAUCCCGGCUCGCCGGCCUAGUGGACCGCGGGCGAUGACACCCAAGAGCCCGGAGGAGGCGGCGAGAGAGGAGAGACGACGCAAAAGAGAUACAUUUGGAACGGUCACGAGCCAGGAGGCUGAUCCAGGGCCAGUGGCUGAAGCCGGCUCUGAAGCGUCGAAGGAGAAUUAUUCUUGGCGUCAUGAUGCUUGA